AUGGAAGCCUCCACCCUUUCCCGCAUCGGGCUCGCCGGCCUGGCCGUGAUGGGUCAGAACUUGGCCCUCAACAUCGCCGAGAAAGGAUUCCCGAUCUCCGUCUACAACCGCACCACUUCCAAAGUCGACGAAACCCUCCAGCGCGCGCAGAACGAAGGUCCCUUCCCUCUCUCCGGCCACUACACUCCUCGCGAUUUCGUCCUCUCCCUCCAGCGGCCCAGAUCUGUCAUCAUCCUGGUCAAAGCAGGGUCCCCCGUUGACCAGACCAUCGCCGCACUUUCCGAGCACAUGGAAUCCGGCGACUGCAUCAUCGACGGCGGGAACGAGUGGUACGAGAACACCGAGCGCCGGAUUCAGGAGGUGAGCAAUCGGGGUAUUCUUUAUUUGGGUAUGGGUGUCUCCGGCGGCGAGGAAGGUGCACGUAACGGCCCUUCCUUGAUGCCCGGUGGGUCUUUCGAAGCUUAUAAUAACAUCAAGGAUAUCCUAGAGAAAGUAGCUGCUCAGGUUGAGGAUGGUCCUUGCGUUACUUAUAUUGGGGAAGGUGGAGCUGGGAAUUUUGUGAAGAUGGUUCACAAUGGGAUUGAGUACGGCGAUAUGCAGCUCAUCUCUGAAGCUUAUGAUGUGUUGAAGAACGUGGGCGGGUUGUCGAAUGAGGAGCUUGGUGAGAUUUUUGGGGAGUGGAAUCGAGGGGAGCUCGAGAGCUUCCUGAUUGAGAUCACUUCCGACAUUUUCAAGGUUAAAGAUGAUCUUGCCGAUGGGGAGUUGGUGGAUAAGAUUCUGGAUAAGACUGGGAUGAAGGGUACUGGUAAAUGGACGGUUCAGCAGGCUGCUGAGCUCUCUGUUGCUGCACCCACCAUUGCUGCUUCUUUGGACUGCAGGUACUUGAGUGGGUUGAAGGAAGAGAGGGAGAAUGCUGCAGAGAUUUUGAAGGAGGCUGGAUUGAAGGAGGAAGUUGGAGCUGUGAAGAGUGGCAUUGAUAAGAAGAGGUUGAUUGAUGAUGUGAGGCAGGCAUUGUAUGCUUCCAAGAUUUGUAGCUAUGCACAAGGGAUGAAUCUCUUGAGGGCCAAGAGUAUCGAGAAAGGCUGGAACCUGAAUUUGGGAGAGAUGGCCAGGAUUUGGAAAGGCGGGUGUAUUAUCAGGGCAGUGUUCUUGGACAGGAUCAAGCAGGCUUAUCAGAGGAAUCCAAACUUGGCUAGCUUGAUUGUUGACCCAGAAUUCGCCAAGGAGAUGGUUCAGAGGCAAGCGGCCUGGAGAAGAGUUGUGGGUACGGCCAUCUCAGCAGGGAUCAGUACACCUGGAAUGUGUGCUUCUCUUGCUUACUUCGACACUUACAGGCGUGCUAGACUGCCAGCCAAUCUUGUCCAGGCUCAGAGGGACUUGUUUGGGGCACAUACUUAUGAGAGGGUCGAUCGCCCUGGUGCGUUCCAUACCGAAUGGACAAAACUCGCUCGCAACAGCAAUGCUGCUGGUGUGCAUGCUUUGAACUAA